AUGGCCAACUCAACCCUCUGCAUUCUCGGCUGCGGCAAUCUGGGCACCUCCAUCCUCACCAGUCUCCUCAAUGCCCCGCCUGCCACCACCGAGGAGAAUGCGCUACCAUUCACCCGCUACAUCGCCUGCGUCCGGAGCGCCGCCUCCUCGCAGCGCCUAGCCCAGCGCUUCUCGCAGAACUCCACCAACCUCACCGUCGAGCGGGACCCGGUGGCCGCCGUCACCGCCGCCGACGUGGUCAUCCUGGGCAUCGACCCGGCGGAUAUCCAGCACGCCCUGUCCCAGCCGGCGUUAGCACAGGCCUUGAAAUCGAAACUCCUAGUCAGCGUGGCGGCCGGGUGGACGACCUCCCAGCUGCACGAGACCCUCGGCGACUCGACCCGACAGAUGCGCAUCGUGCGCACGCUGCCCAACAUCGCGGCGCAGGUUUCGGAGUCGCUCACCGCCAUUGAAGUGUCCCCUUCAUUUUCUUCCUCUAAGGAAAACGAGGAAACGCUCGGUCUGGUCGAACGCAUUUUCAACCGCGUCGGCAAGAUGAUCCGCGUAGGGCCGUCGCAGAUCGACGCCAUCACGGCCGUGGGCGGGUCGACGCCCGCCUUCUUCGCUAUCAUCUGCGACGCCCUGAUCGACGCCGCCGUGGCCACGGGGGUGCCGCGCGACGUAGCGGGCAUGACCGUAGUGCAGGCCAUGAAGGGCAGCGCGGCCAUGAUGCAAGAGGGCGGACUGAGUCCCGCCGAGUUGCGCGACCAGGGCACGUCGCCGGCGGGAUGUACGAUGGCGGGCGUGAUGGCGUUGGAGGAGGGCAGUCUUCGGGGGGUAUUGGGACGGGGAAUGCGAGAGGCAGUGGAGAGAGCGAGAGGGAUGGGAGAUCGCGAUUAA